CCUGUACAGUACAUGAGCCACGCGGGGAGACAGCAGCUGCUAUUAAAGCUCCGAGGACCAAAAGGCCACCGUUCACAUUUAUCCACCAAGACCAGCAGGCGGGUUGAGGAACCAAAGCCCUACCUUUCACAAUGCAUUGCCUGAAAAGUCUGCGGACGACCAACCCGGGAAUCUUGCAGCUGUUUAAAAAUGCAUUUAUCUCCGCCAGACGUGGCGCUGACAUCUCCAGGAGUCAGCAACCUGUUAAUCUCUGGACAGCAACAAUUCUCUCCCACAGAGCCUUUCAUCCUCGAAAAGGCCCUGAUGAGGACCAAGGACGCGGCAAAAGCCGACUCAUGUCCAGCAUAGAGGACCUGCUUUUUUACACCAUCACCGACGGGAAAGAGACGAUCCCCAUCUCUCAGUUCAUCUCUGCUUUUAGAAGAACGGGUUUGUUAACGUCUGACCCUCGGCUGCGGGACUGUGUCCGUCAGAUGAGACAGUCUACGCUUGACUCCACGGGACCGGUCAUGAUGGACAAAAAACUUUUCAGAAGGUGUAUCGGCAACAACAUCAUGUUGCUGACGAAGGCUUUCAGAAAAAACUUCAUCAUCCCUGACUUUGAGGAUUUUACCCAACAGAUCAAAAGGAUAUUUGAGAAUGCACAACAGCAACGAGGAGGGCAAGUAGCCGAUUACAUUCCUCAGCUGGCUAAGUUCAGCCCGGAUCUUUGGGGCGUAUCUAUUUGCACCAUCGAUGGACAGAGAUACUCAGUGGGCGACACCAAGGUUCCCUUCUGCCUGCAGUCAUGUGUGAAGCCACUCGGGUACGCCAUCGCUGUGCAUGAGCUUGGCACCGAACAUGUUCACCGCUUUGUGGGCAAGGAGCCCAGUGGCUUGAAGUUCAACAAACUGUCGCUAAAUGAGGAAGAUAAACCACACAACCCCAUGGUGAACGCUGGAGCUAUUGUCAUUAGUUCUUUGAUCAAGACACAUUCAAAUAAAGCGGAGAGGUUUGACUAUGUGAUGGAGUUCUUGAAAAGUAUGACUGGUACAGAGUUUGUGGGAUUCAGCAAUGCAACUUUCCAGUCAGAGAGAGAGACUGGAGAUAGAAACUAUGCAAUUGGUUAUUACCUGAAAGAAAAAAAGUGCUUCCCUGAUCAUGCAGAUAUGAUCGGAGCCCUUGACUUCUACUUUCAGUUGUGCUCCAUUGAGGUGACCUGUGAGUCUGGAAGUGUCAUGGCCGCCACACUGGCCAAUGGAGGCAUUUGUCCAAUCACAGGCGAUCGUGUGCUAAGUGAUGAAUCCGUUCGCAACACGUUGAGUCUGAUGCAUUCCUGCGGGAUGUACGACUUUUCUGGGCAAUUUGCUUUCCAUGUGGGGCUGCCUGCCAAAUCUGGCAUUUCGGGCGCCGUUCUCCUGGUGGUUCCCAACGUUAUGGGCAUGCUGUGUUGGUCCCCGCCACUGGAUCGGCUCGGAAACAGCGUCAGAGGAAUUCACUUCUGUCAAGACCUUGUUUCUUUCUUCAACUUCCAUAAUUAUGACAACCUGAGGCACUUCACCAAGAAACACGACCCGAGGAGACGGACGUACGACGAUCCGAACAAGUCAGUCGUUAAUCUGAUGUUUGCAGCGUACAGCGGUGACGUCUGUGCUCUGAGGAGGUUCGCGCUGUCAGCGGUAGACAUGGAGCAGAGGGAUUAUGACUCUCGCACCGCUCUCCACGUCGCUGCUGCCGGAGGCCGCGCUGACGUUGUAACGUUCCUGACACAAAUAUGUAAAGUGAAUCCGUACAUUAAGGACAGAUGGGGCAACACACCCCUUGAUGACGCCAUGCAGUUUGGCCAUGAUGUUGUUGUUUCAGUCCUGCAAAAGUACCAACAUGAGUACAAAGACUCGUCCAGCAGCACAGAGGAGCAGAACCCCGCGAUAGACACGAUGAAGAACUCCGUUUAACAAAUAUCCAUAAAAGUUUGGAUUGAAACCUUCUGUUACACAGCGGGACAGAAUCACAGGACAGAAGGUAAUUGGGAGAACUGAUGAAUGUUUGACUUUAUUCUCUUUUUAAGGGAUAUUGCAAUAUUCUCAGAAAAUGUGUUAAACAAUCAAAGAAAUGACUAUUACUUGCUUUACAGGCCUUCUGAAAAGACUGACAUUUUAAACUUUUCCAACCAAAGGCUAUAAAAGAUGUACCUUUUAUUAAUGGUGUGGAACUUUUGAUGUCAAUUUUGAAAUAUAGGGAUGCACCAUUUUUUUUUCAAUUUAGUUUAACUGGGCCAGAAUUUGGAAUUUGUGCAGAAUGAAGACUUAGUGAAAGAACAUACUACAGAACUGCAUCAAUAAUCAAUUACUGCUAACCUACAUUAGUUUGGUUGGGUAGUAAUAUUCUUGUUUUGUGCAAACAUUUGAUUGAGAAAUGUUACUGAGAUGUAAAUAUUUAAAAAUUGUGCUAUUUCCGUUUCAAAUCUUAAAAUGUAUAUUUUUCUUUGGCCCCCUUCACACUGGAAUGAGAUCACUGUGCGACUUUAGCCAAAGUGGUGAAACUCAGCAGGUUCUGGAAAAUGGUUCUGGAGUCAAAGCUUCCCAUUACUGUUUCCAGUUCACACAAAGCCUACCUAGAACAGUAAUGGUGAUUUAUUGUCAUCUCAGCAGCAUAUAAGCGUCAUGCUAAAGCCAGUUUAACAAAGGAAGGAGUACAGGAAGCAGUGCACUGCAGGACAAAGAAUCCCUGCAAGAAAGAAGCGCACACACCUCCAAAUUGUGCCUGACCUUGGAUGUGCUGGUUGCUGGGAGACUGAAACAUUUCGACAGCAUUUUGAACGUACUCCUGGAUUUCCUGUUUGCUGCAAUCCAAAUUGUAAUGUAAAUAUAGCUAUUGUAAUAUAACGUGUAAUAUAUUGUAAUUAUAUAAUAUGUAAAUAUAAUAUUUCAGUAUCCUCAUAGCCAUGCAAACAUAUAAUACAUGUAAACAUUAUGGAGGCUGCAUGGUUCCACCUCCUCUCAAGGAUAUACAUAAGUAUAUAUAUAGCUGUGCCUGUAACAUAGUGAUGGAGCCAUAUUUUGGUGUGAUCUUACAGGGCUGUGGUGUCCAGUGUCUGUCCUCAAGUGCAGACAUCCUACAUGUUUCAGAUGUUUUCCUAUUUCAACACACCUGACUCAAAUGAACAGUUACCAGGAACCCUGCAGUGCUUGAUGGCAUGCUGAAGAGGUUAUUCGUUCAUUUCGAAUAAGUUGCAGCAGGACACGGGCCUCCAAGGACCAGAACUGGACACCGCUGUUAGAGGGCACUGCUAGUGAAAGUCUAGUUGUGUAGAUGGUGAGGUGAUCAACAUGUGAAUGUGCUGCUGAUCUCCAGACCGUGCCGACGCUGCAGGAGAGCCAAUCAGAGAAGCAGAAAAUAGCACUAAGAUCCGUCUGGCGACUGCUAGGUGUAGCUGUGUCAUGAUUGCUUUCACACUGAAGGAGGUUUUCCUCAUUUGCAGCAAUCCAAGCAGCUUCUAACAGGUAAUUAAAAUCAUAGAGGGGAUUCAUCCAGUGUGAACAGGGCCUUAAUUAAAAUUCUCUGGGGAUUAAACUUCAUUGUGUCUUAGUGAUUUAUUUAAAGGGAGCCUGAAAACUACUGGGACUGUUUUGUUGGGAAAAUAAUAUGCACUUCAGUAUCCUCCCAACCAGCUGGGUUUUGUUUUGUUCUUUAUUGAUAUGUAAAUGCAUAAUGCACAGUGGUGUUUAGGAUUUAUAAAGACUGUAAAACCCU